AUGACAACGGAGAAGACUGAUAUCAACCUCUUGCUCAUCGGACCUGACGGCGCAGGCAAGGCCACCACGAUUGGCCACCUGAUGUACAAGCUGGGCCUCAUCAACCAGCCUGAUAUCGAUCUAGAGAAGUUUUGCACCCCGAUGGACGGUCCGUUGAGGUUCUCGACCAACAACCACAACUUCACCGUCAUUCACACAUCCAGCCACCGCGACUUCAUUCAGAACAUGCUCACCAACAGGUUCCAAGUACACAGCGCGUUACUCGUUCUCCCUGCGACAGAGGGCGAGUUCGAGAGGGCCAUCGCUCAGGAGAGCCAGACCCGUGAGCACCUUCUGUUGGCCAACACGUUUGGUGUCCGCCAGAUGGUCGUUGCGAUCAACAAGAUGGAUGUGGAGUCUGUUAACUAUGCCGAAGCGCGCUACACCGAGAUCGUCGAGCAGACUUCAGCCGUCCUCAAGCAGGUUGGCACCAACAUUGACAGGGUCAAAUAUGUGCCCAUCUCUGCGUUGAACGACGACAAUCUGGUCGAGCUCUCAACCAACAUGCCUUGGCAAACAGAAUCCACACUUCUCCAGGCCCUGGACGCGCUCGUCGGAGACAGGAAUCCAUCGAACAUGCCACUCCGUAUCGCAAUCAAGGAAGUUGCCAACAGUGGCGGCAUGCUGGUGGUCGGUGAUGUUUUGACUGGCAUUAUCAAAACUGGCAUGACCGUCAUCUUUGCGCCUUCUGGUCACACUGCCAAGGUCACUGAGCUUGUGAGCUACGAGCAGGAAAUCACCGAGGUCGGCCCUGGCAACCAAGUCAUCUUCAGAGUCAAGACUCUUACGGCCAAGCAGGUCAAGCGUGGAAUGGUGGCUGGCGACCCCAACAACGAGCCACCCUUUGAGGCUGCGAGCUUCACCGCCAUGAUCAACGUUCAGAGCCACCCCAGCGAGAUCAGUGUUGGCUACACACCCGUCUUCGAGUGCCACAAUGCUAAGGUUGCUUGCCAGUUUACCAAAAUCCUCAACAUGGUCAACCCUCGCACUGGCGCCGUUCUCCCAAGGGAAGGCUCGAGCCCCCUCAUCUUGAAGACUCACGACUCGGCCAUUGUCGAGCUCACCCCCGUAAAGCCCCUUUGCGUGGAGAGGCUAGCUGACUACCCGAAACUGGGACAGCUGACAGUGCGUGAGACGACCCAGUCUGGUGUUACUGUUAUCGUCGGCAACAUCAAGAGUGUGACCAAGAAGGUGCCUGCAGCUUAA